CUGGUGUUUCUGAUUUCCAGGUCUUUGUCCCCGGAACUUGCUCUCUCUCAUUCCUGAGUGUCCACCAGGAUUUUCUCCUCGCAUCUGGAUCUCCGUUACGGUCAGCUCAUACACACACACUCAGAGUCCGAGUCCCGGUCUCAAACAAACCACAUUUGGCUAAAAGAAGCGAGAAAAGAAGGGAAGACAGAAGACGACAAACAUAUUCCCGGCAACUUUCAACCGUCUGCGCUCCUGUCGUGUUUUUAACCCUGUUGUCGAAGACACUCCGGUACUCUUGGCAAAAGUCGAAGAGAGAGGGAGAAAGUUUUUACGUGUUUCAAAGUUCUUCUUCUGUCGCGUCUACGCUUUUCUUCACGUGAGCGCUGGAGUCAUAAGCUGACCUAACCUUGAAGUGGAGGACUUUGUCGUCGUGUUUGUGGUUUUACGUCGGUGUUUUCAGAGUCAGUGCUGCUGCUGCUGCUGCUGCUGCUGUGAAUGAAGUGUUGAGCUGAAGAAAGCAGCGCUUCUGUCUCCAUGAGGAAACUCAGCGUGGGAGUCACUGAAACUUUGUCCUAGCUUACGCACACCUGAGCGUCCACCGUCGUUUUUUUUCUUUAUUGUUUUUUUUUAUUGUGUGUUUUUUGUAGCUGACUCAAAAUGAAGACACUACUGGUGCUGUGUGUGGUUUGCACGCUGGUUGUGUUGUCUGUAUCGGGAACCGCGGAGCAAAAGUUGAAAAACUGUAACGACGUUCGUGCUGCUUACAGCUCCAAAGGCUUCAACGUUAACGACGUCCCCAACAAAGGAAUCAAUGGUGCCCCGCUGAAAGUGUGUCCACAGGGUUUCUCCUGCUGCACAGUGGAGAUGGAGGAGAAGCUGAGCCAGCAGAGCCACUCAGACAUGAAAGCUCCCGUCUCCAGGCUAAGCUCCACCCUACAAUCCACCUUCAAACAGAAACAUGACCAUUUUGAUAAGUUUUUCCGUGAGCUUUUGAAGAAUGCAGAGGUCUCGCUGCACAACAUGUUUGUGCGAACAUAUGGGAUGAUGUACGUGCAGAAUGCUGAGCUGUUCAAGAACUUUUUCGUGUCCCUGACGCGGUACUACGUGUCUGGCAGCGCUGCCGUCAACCUGGACUCCAUGCUGUCAGAAUUCUGGGCCGAGCUGCUGGAGAGGAUGUUCCGGCUGGUCAACGUACAGUAUGAAUUCAGUGACGCCUACAUGGAGUGCGUCAGUCGGCACACUGAACAGCUGCAGCCAUUUGGCGACGUGCCACGCAAGCUCCGCAUCCAGCUUACACGGGCCUUUGUCGCAGCACGCACCUUUGUACGAGGCUUGGCACUCAUUCCAGAGGUUGUCAAUAAAGUUUCAACAGUCAGUGCAUCUCCCAGCUGUGUGCGAGCGGUCAUGAAGAUGAUGUACUGUCCCUACUGCUCAGGCCAAGUGGCCCUGAAACCCUGCCAGAAUUACUGUCUGAAUGUGAUGCGUGGGUGUUUGGCCAACCAGGCCGACUUGGACACAGAAUGGAACAACUUCCUUGAUGCCAUGCUUAGUCUCGAUGAGAGGCUCGAAGGUCCCUUUAAUUUUGAGUCUGUCAUGGACCCCAUCGAUGUGAAGAUAUCGGAUGCCAUCAUGAACAUGCAGGAAAACAGCAUGCAAGUGUCUCAGAAAGUUUUCCAGGGCUGUGGGCAGCCUAAACCAAGCACAGCCUUCCGAUCUAAGCGUUCACUCAAAGAAACAAGCUUUACUGGCCGUUUCCACCCCUACAGUCCUGAUGCAAGGCCCACCACGGCAGCUGGCACCAGUCUAGAUCGAUUGACAAGUGAUGUAAAGAAGAAGCUGAAACAUGCAAAGAAGUUCUGGUCCACUUUGCCAGAGACUGUCUGUGCAGGUGAAAGGAUUGCGUCUGGGGAUGAGUGUUGGAACGGAACUGCAAAGAGCAGGUACGAAUCGGUUGUCAUUGGCAACGGAUUAGCCAAUCAGGUAUCAAACCCUGAUGUUGUUGUGGACAUAACAAAGCCAGACAUUGUAAUUCGCAGUCAGAUCGCAGCUUUAAAGGAAAUGACAAGUUGGCUCAAAGCUGCUCACAGCGGCAAUGACAUCUCUGUUGAUAAUGAUGAGGAUGGCAGUGGAGAGGAGAGCGGCAGCGGUUGUGACUCCGGAUCCUGUGACCCAGACAUAUACUUCUCCACUCCACCAAACCCCGGCAAUCCCCGGAUUAAUCAAGUGGUGGUGGACAAAUCUUCAGGAAGGAUUUCCACACAAGGAAGCAUGGCGCUGGCGCUCUGCGGGGUGGUCCUGGCCCUGCUCGCUCCCCACUUGAGAUAAAACUGUUUGGGCACAGAGAGGACAAGAAUGACCAGGAAUGAUGGAGCGAAAGGGGGGAACUGUCUGAGAGACUUUAGAAAGACUGCCUUCGGGACAUUGGACUGUCCACCAGUGGGGGAGACUCUUCUUAAUAUUAUAAUAACUUCACUUUUAAUUAUUUGUUUGUAUGUUUUUAAGGACGUCAGUGUACAGCAAUAUCAUUUUCUUUCCAAGAAAUCCACAUUUCUCCCCGAUAAACCUUUUACACCUUAUGGCUCUUUUGGAGCUCCACUAUGGUUCUGCUUGUAGCAUUGCAAACAUUAUAUAAUUGUCUUAUUUAGGCAAUUUAAUUGCAUAAUUCAUUUGUGUGUCUCCUUCAGUGAUUGCCACCACUUAAUAGUAAGCAAGAUGCUUAGUUGAACGUUGAGUGCUUGUGGUGGGACACAUUUGACUUCAUAUUCCUGAGGAGUGUUUAUCUUUCCAUUAUCCAGAGAUCAACAAAUCAUGUAAUGUUGUUAUGAAAUUCCAUAACAACACCUUUGCACAUCACCAGUGCACACUGUGAAUGUUUGUGUCUGUGCAUAUAUACAUUUACAUACACCUGUCAGGCAAAACUUAUGAAGCUACCUGUUGAUCUCCACUUUCAGUUUGCAUUUUAGUUGAGUUUGCUUUAAAAGAGAACCGCACAACGCAGCAUUUUUCUCACAAAUCCAGAGAGAGAAAUUUCAGCACACGUAUUUAUGUUUCACCAGGAGAUGGACUCAGCCUUCAGAAGAGCUUCUUAGGGUGCUCUGUGAGCCCAAACAUGCAUAAUGUAUGUCAACUAUGAGCAUUAUCACAUUUUAACUUUUAAUUUACACAUUAUGUUUUUAGUUUUCAAGCUUAAACAUGUCCGUAGUAAGGUCAUACCUCAUGCAUGCUCUCAUUGCCAAUGCAAUCAAGUGAGUUUAUGGUGUCUGAUGGAGAUGAGAUUAGUGGCUGGCAACCUGGUAAAAGGUAACUAGUGUGGAAGGAAGAAGGACUCUCAUGGCAUUACCCCGAAAGUAGGCAAGGCUGACAAACCCGAAAAGCCCUUUUUGGUACUGUAAGCGCAGCACAGAAGAUCUGACUCUUUACAGUCCUGUUUGAAAAGAAAAGGUGUUGACAUGUAUGUUCAGAACAUUUCACAUCAAACUAGGGAGGAGGAACAAAAGUCAGUACUUUGAUCAAAAGAAAUCAUGAAAAGAUUAUUUUAAUACAGGGUUUAAUGUUGAAGAGGUGUUGUAAUUUUUUAGCUAUUUUUGCUAUGAACAUAUGUUUUAGGUACUACAGUGGAAUUUACUGCUGGUUUUAGGUGGUGGAAGAGGUCGGUGUGCACAGAACAUGGGGCCACAUUUGGUCAUUGCUCAGUGUUUUGGGGGCCUUUUUUUCUAUUUUAAUAAUUUUUUGGCCACAUCCCCACCGCUCUGUGAGUAUGAAUGCACUCAUCCUCAACCAUUUGAUCUACUUAUCCUCAUCGCCAAGUUCUUGUCAUUUCGACUUGACUCGAAUGUUGAAGUAUUGUCACAAGUGCCACCAAAAUUAGCCAAUAUACAAAAAAGAACGGUAAAGAAUGUCAUUGUUGAUGGUUUUUAUAUAUCUUCUCAGAUUCCCAAAAGGGUGUUUGAGUUUGCUGUUACCAGCUUACGAGCACAACAUAAAAAAAUGAUCCGUUUUCUAAUUUGAUGAGCGGGUCUGUAAAUUCUAUUACUUGGCCAUUUCAUGGCCUUUAAAAUGAUUCUUCCUCAUGUAGCCUCUGUACAGUAAUUUAUGCAUGUAUUUUAAUGUAAUUUCAAACAUGCUUUUAGAACUGAUUUUCAAAAAAAAAACAGUAUUCAAGAGGUUCUGAUAUGCAACAUUAAAUGAAAACUGUUCAUUUCUACUGCAAGGCUUUCACAAUUGGGGUUUUUAAAAGUUUUAAACAUGUUUUAUGUUCAAGGGCAAGUCUCAAACAGUUGGCUGCAGUGACUAAAACAGCCUCUUGUUUGGCUUUGAGAUAAAAAUUUAAAUAUUCUCCAGAGAUCAACUAGGACAUCUGACUUUGAAGGAUUUGAUGAAACAUCUAUGCAACCCGUUUAAAAUGCUGCAGCCUGAUUUGAAUUAAUGACGAUGGGCAUCAGCAGCUCAAGUUUGGCAUCGCUUCUUAAUUUAACUGGUUAAAGUUCCCUGUUUUUAUCUCUCUUUUUUCUUUUCUUUUUUAUUUGCCGCCAACAUUUCUACAAGGGCUUGUGCAUUUGUUCGUGGCAUGUGGACGAAGUGUGUCGAGUGUGAAGAAACCCAGCUUUCUGAGAGUCAAAGGAAGUGUUUGGGGUGAUGAUGGCAAAUGUCUGUGCUUGCGGGCCAGGGCAGCAACAUUUCAGUAGCUGGAAGUAGUUGGUCCGGCUGCUGGGUGAUGUUCUUUCCAUCCACACUUUAACUUCAGUCUAGUGACUGUGAAGUUAAGUUGGACGGUUGUUGAAACCCUUUGGCCCACAAGAACAGAGUGGAUUCACUUUCUGAGGAGAGAGUGAGUGACGUGACUGAAAAGAGUAAAAAAAAAAUAUAUGUAAAUAAAGAGCAGCCGUUUUUAGAUGUCUCUAAAAGAGGCCAUAACAUUACACCAGAUUUUUACUUGUCAGAGUAUCUCCUAAAUGCUAUGGAAAAACAAGAUGAGAUAGAUGUUAAAUUGUAAGAGAAAAUGUAUAUUAAACAACAUUUCUUAGUCUUGUUGAAAUAAAGACUGCCAAUAUUUAAA